CCGUGGUUCCAUCUGGCGAUGACGAUGAUGAUGGUGAUGAUGCACGGGACUGAACUGACGGACGGGUACAAACCCGUCAUCAUCGUGCACGGACUUUUCGAUGGACCCAAGCAACUUGGAACAUUGGCCCAUUUCGUAACAAAGGUUCAUCCAGGCACAGACGUGUCCGUGAUAGAUUUGUAUGAUAACCUGGCCAGCCUAAAACCAAUGUGGACUCAGGUCUUGGGCUUUAGGAAGGCCAUAGUCCCCAUCAUGCAAAAGGCUCCCGACGGCGUCCAUUUUCUGUGCUUCUCACAAGGUGGUCUGAUAUGUCGAGCUCUGCUCUCCAUUAUCCCAGACCAUAAUGUGCACACCUUUGUCUCUCUCUCGUCGCCGCAGGCCGGCCAGUACGGAGACACUGACUAUCUGAGAUGGGUUUUCCCUGACUACGUGACGAGGAACAUCUUCCAUAUCUGCUACAACAGAUUUGGACAGAAAGUGUCUAUAUGUGACUACUGGAACGAUCCUCGACACAGAAACCUCUACCUGCAGAGAAGCACCUUCCUACCACUCCUGAAUGGCGAGAGGGCUCACAAAGACCUGGAAGCGUGGAGAAACAACUUCCUGCGCAUCAAGAAGCUUGUUCUGGUUGGAGGACCUGAUGACGGAGUCAUCAUGCCCUGGCAGUCCAGCCACUUUGGAUUCUAUGGCAGAAAUGAAAACAUUGUCGAGAUGAGCAAACAGGAAUACUACAUCAGAGACUGGUUUGGCCUGAAGACGCUGGAUGCCCGUGGAGAUGUGUUGGUCUGUGUGCAGUCCGGCGUUCAACACACACAAUGGCACUCCAACUACACAGUGUUCAGCAGCUGUAUCGAGAAGUGGCUCACAUGA